AUGUCGCACGAGAACACCAGACGCUCCGAAGCCACGACAAAUAGCUUCGCGUCGUUUGGCUCCGAUUUUGACCCGGAGCACGAAGCCCUCGCGUCUACGAAACACUUUGAGAACAGCCCCAAAUUGCCCGAGAUGAAAGGCAGUGCCAGGAAACAAAUCAACAACUUUGCAGACGAGGAGCCCGACUACGCCAUCGACACCUCUGCAUUGGAACGCGCCUUCCCUGAAUUGUCCCCCGUGGGCACCUCCGAAGAUGACACCGAGGAAAGUAUAUCGGUUGAAGCUGGACGGGGCAUUAACAAGCCCACGCGUCGGCUCGAUGACUCGCGGAACUCCUUGAUGAGUAUUGAAAAUAGUGUGCGGUCUUCCUCGCCUGCCGUCAGACUCGACUAUCCCACCUCGCAUACGCCUCAAAAGUCAGCCAUGCGCGUAUCCUCGAGAAGGACCGCCAGCGAGAGUCUACGAAGGGAUGCUCAGUUGAGACAAGCCAGUCUUGCCCACAAGGAGAAUCGCGACCCUCUUUCAUCCAAAACAGCCCGCAAGGAUCAGCGACGGACAUUGUCUGAAAUGCACGCGAAGGUCCGCGAUUCUUACGAUGGUUCCUUCAUCGCCGAUGAGAGACCUCAGCCUGUGGCAACCAGUACGCGUGCGACGCGCUUCGGAAACGUCAACCUUUCUCAUCAGAUAGCAGACGCGGUGGAAAGAGCGUCACAGGAGGCUUAUGCUAAGGAAAUGCGCCGGGGGAAGUUAUCCAGCAACCUGCGCAACGGGUCCGGCAAUGGUGCUGGCGACACGGGCACUAUGCAGUCUUUUCUUCUUCCCGAUCUUCCCAAUCUGUCGGAGUUGGUGUCGGGUGUCUACGAAGACGGUACACCGGUUUAUACCCGCCAGAGCCGAGCUAGGGCGACACGAUUUGUUUCUCCUCCGAAUGACGGUGCUGAUGUGUCCAUGACUCGUGAACAUAUCCCCCUCGACGCGAUUCCCAUUCCAGAAGAUGAAAAGGCUCUCUUUGUUUCUCUGAGACUGCUGCAGGACAAAGUUUCGGAGCUUGAAAGGGCGAAGUCGGAUGCGGAGAGAAAAAUUGAUGAAAUGCGACAGGAAAAUGCGGCCUUGAAGGCUGGCCGGUCUAACCGCAAAGACAAACACGGCCGUUCUCGCGUGUAUGAAUCCGAAGACGAUGACCAUAGGAGAGACGCCGGGUCUCACUAUCAGAAGCUCGAAGCUUCGAAUCUAGCUUUGCAAAACCAGUUGGAUAUGGCUGAGCGGAAGGCGCAGAUGAGCGAGGCGGCGCUGAAGAAAUUGAGUCGUGAGAGAGACAUGGCUGUUUCUCAAUUGGGGAUAGCCUAUCUUGAAUCUCGAGAUCUGAAGAGCGAAAAUGACAGCCUUCGCCAAGAGAAUGCUGAACUUAAGGCACAGCUGGCUAAAUUUGUUUCGCUGGCCUCAAAAUCUCGCGAGGAUACUGGCCGCUCAGAAGCAACAUCCGCAACGGAAGCAAGCGUUGAAAGCGGCCAGCUCGACACGCAGCGAAGUGAGGACCUAAGUCGGACCACUAAAGAUCUUACCAGUAAGAGUACAAGAUCGAAGAGGACCGGCGGCGUAGAAGAAUCGCGCACAAAGAUCGCUAAACAGGUUGAUAAGGAGAUGUCUCUCCUUGAGAAAGAGCGAGCCGAAGAAGCUCUUUUCUCGAUUGACCUGCCGAGGACUAGGGUCUCGAGUUCCCGAGCCGAGAGAUCCCAGACUCGGGCGCAAUCAGGCAACACGAAAGCAAAGAAAAAGCCAAACACAGGAAAGCAGCGGGUGAAAAGGGUGAUUGUCGAAGAAGUCGAUAUCACUGAGCCUUUGGAUUCAACCGCUGAAGACGCCACGGGCCAUGCCAAGAAAUCCUCUGCCACAGAGCAAGACUUGACGCUGUUGAGCUUCGUUGACGAACGUGAAAUCGCUCAACUACGGAAGACGCUAGAAGAAGAACGACUUGCGCGUAGACGGCGACAGUCGAUCUCGACCAAGGUUCAAAGUACAGACGAGACCGCAAACUCUACCCGACAAAGUGUAUCAAACUCAGCUGCGCCUCGCAAAUCCUCGAUGAAGGACAGUAAAGCCCCGAUAACAAGACCAGCUUCGGCAAUGGGUGAUCUGACGGCCACAUCGAAAGUCAGCAUGGCUGAGGCAGACAGCAAUCUUUCCGUGCCCAUUGAGCGCCCAAGACGGCAUUCGGAUCAUUCCAUCAUCCCCACCACUCAGCGGAGACGUCGCCCUGUUACUGACGACAUGACUUCUGCUUUCAUCCUGCCAGAUAUUACUAUUCGUCACGCUGAGUUGGCAGCUGAGGACCCAAGCCGGUUGCCCCAGGCUGCGCAAAAGGCCUUGGACAGUGCUACACAGCAUGAUGGCAAAAACUGCACGGUUUGCAAGCGCUGCAUUCCUGGUAACUCGCAAUGCGACCAUACUCAUGAGACUGUAAAGAUCCCGAAACCUGUACCCGUUUCGGAGCGCAUGCCUGAGCAUUCUGUUUACAAUGAGGAGCCUACGUUGCGCCCUGCACAAUCUCCCGGUGCUGCUCUCGCGACGGUGCUUAAGGCGUUGGAGGAUGAACUGUCCCAUUUGAAAAUGCAGCUUGUAACGUAUCAAGGGGCGUAUAACAAGCUGGAUGCCUCGUUGAGCAAACGCCAGAGGAAGUCGCUGGCCGCCAAGAUUGAAAAGCUUCUUAAGGACAUUGACUUGAAAGCUGAUCAAAUAUAUGCGCUCUACGAUGUUCUCGAAGGCCAAAAACAGAACGGACACGAGAUGACUGAGCAAGAGAUGGAAGUCACACUUCAAUCCAUUGGGAUCGACACCGCCGCCACCACGAGGGCCACGGAUGUGACCGCUACCACAGACAAAUCUUCCCACAAAAACAACGAUACUGACUUAGACGACGAUGAGGAGCUACCAUGGGAGGGCAUUGAGAGCACAAUGGAUGUUACAGGCAGAAUUGGAAACUAG